AUGACAUUGAAUAAAACUGUCAUCUGUUCAUUAUUCGACGAUGUCAAAAUUGGAAGUAUCUGAUUAAAUUUCGUACCAAGGACCAUUUCAUUUCUUUUGGAUAUCCUAGAAUGAUGUCGCAUGCUUCAAUAACACAUCAGGCGAUUUUCCAGUAAUUUGUUGGGACGGCUUGAUGUACGAGUAUGGGAGAAUAGAGAAUUAUAUGGAGCAAACAGCAAACACGAAACCCACAGGGACGGAGCGAACGUUGGAGGAGCAUCUAGCUAAUUCUGAAUCGAAGCAGGUACAAAUUAUUGUGUCACCAAUACCAGGAUCAAAUGGUGGUGCUGAAAUAAGAGUCAUGGGUGGAACACCAAGGACGUCAUAUACUUUCAAGGAGGAAAAAGGAACCCAUUUAAACAAAAAUGGGUCGAGUUCAUCGCCUUUGCCUUCAUCAACAACACCGAAAGAAGUUACAGCUGACCAUGUGUCCGACUACCUGUUCAACCAUCCGGAGUACCUGGAACGGUACAUCAUGGACGAGGUUGAAGUUGAGCAGUUGGAGCGUUGGAUCAUCAGGAAAUCCCAAAGGCUGAAGAAGAAACCCGAGGCAAUGGCAAAGAACGGAAGGAAGACGAGUUUAUCGAGAUGGAAGUUCUGCGUGCACGCAGACAAGAGGAAGAUGCUGCAAAAUUUGACGCAAAGUUUGCAGCACAGACCGACUAAGGACCAUGUUUUAUGGGAGUUGGCCAAUUGUAUUUCAUCUGCUGUAAAUGCGGACGGAUUCAAAUUGUUUCUUGUGGAUCGUGGCAAUCAUGAAUCUAUGUCCCUCUACCUUGGGCUAGAAUGCAAUAGUGAGGGCGGUGAACCCAGAUUGCAGAAAAUCCAUAGCGGUGUUAGGGUUCCAGCAUACGUGGCUAGGACAGGGGAGACUGUUCGCCUUUCAAGGGGGUACUUUGAUCCACGAUUUCCCGAUGGAGUCCUGGAUGAGACUGAAAUGGCGCAUAUAUUAUGUCAGAGUGUUCAACAGCCGGAUGGGGAAUUGGCGGCUGUGUUAGAGUUAUGGCGUGGGGAGCGAGGAACCCCGUUCCACGAAGAGGACGAAGAGAUAGCUUCCAGUUACCUUGUCUGGGGUGGAAUUGCCCUCCAUUACGCACAUCUCUAUUUCAAUAUGAAUCAACAGAAGAAGCUGAACGACUUUUUGCUGGAUGUUGUCAAGUCCAUCUUUCAAGACAUGGUCAGCAUGGACGCCCUCAUAGUGAAAAUAAUGAACUUCGCCCAGAAACUAGUGGACGCAGACCGGGCGUCGUUGUUCCUCGUCGACAGCAAAAACAAAGAAUUGUACGCCACAGUCUUCGACGUCGGGAUCGGAGGACCCGAGUCCGACUCUUCGUGUUCCAACGAAGAGUCUGCGAAAUCGCAAUUUUCCAACGAGAUACGCAUUCCUCUGGGCACCGGAAUUGCAGGCAUGGUGGCCAUGACUGGCGAAAUAUUGAACAUCAAGGAUGCAUAUGCUGAUUGCAGGUUCAACAGUACGGUCGAUCAGUUAACUGGUUACAAAACGAACACAAUCCUCUGCAUGCCAAUCUUCAUCAGAGGCUCCCUCAUAGGAGUAGUCCAAAUGGUAAACAAACAUCAAGGUUUUUUCACCAAAGAAGACGAAACAGCCUUCGAAAUGUUUGCCAUCUACUGUGGACUGGCUCUGCACCAUGCUAAACUCUACGAUAAGAUCAGGAAGUCGGAGCAAAAAUACAAGGUGGCUCUUGAAGUUCUGAGCUACCACAACACAUGUACUGAAGAAGAAUACGUUCACGUUGAAAAAGAUGGCAUUCCAGACAAACUACUUGGUGUGGACGACUACUACUUCAAUCCAUUUCAACUCGAAGACUAUCAGAAGGCACGAUAUUCUAUGUACAUGUUCACAGAUCUGUUCGGAUUGGGUCUGAUCGAUCCUAGCAGUUUAAUGAGGUUCACACUGACGGUGAAGAAGAAUUAUAGGAGGGUUCCGUACCAUAACUGGACCCACGGUUUUUCGGUGGCCAAUUCCAUGUACAGCAUCAUCAAGAGGACUGGUUCGCUUUUUUCAUUGCCGGAAAGACUGGCACUUUUCGUUGGAGCUCUAUGUCAUGACUUAGAUCAUAGAGGAAAAAAUAAUAAAUUCAUGCUCGAUUCGGAGUCGCCGAUCGCUACCAUUUAUACCACAUCAACAAUGGAACAUCAUCAUUUCAACCAAACAGUCACAAUAUUACAACAGGAAGGACACAAUAUUUUCGGGAAACUAACAAAUAGCGAAUAUAAAAAUGUUUUGGGUCACCUUAAAGAUUGCAUUUUAGCAACGGACCUGGCACUAUACUUCUCCAAUAGAGAAAAACUAUCAUAUCUAGUGGAAACCAAUAGCUUCUCCUGGACAAAUUUAGAACACCGACUGCUUCUCCGUGCAAUAUCUAUGACUGCGAGUGACCUAAGUGCCAGUGCCAAGCCUUGGGAAAUACAAGUGAAAACAGUUAAAAUAAUUUUCGAAGAAUUUUACCAGCAAGGAGACGCAGAAAAGGCCAGUGGCAGACAGCCAAUCCCUAUGAUGGACAGGAACCAACCAGAGGAACAAGCUUCGUCCCAAGUGGGAUUUCUGAAAAAUAUUUGUUUUCCUUGUUAUAGUUUGUUAUACAGGCUCAUUCCAGAAUCUAAACCUCUGUUAGAUAUGUGCCAACAAAAUCUAAAGAAAUGGGAACAGAAGGAGAAGGAAAUUAAAGCUAAAUAAAACAAAUCUCUUCCAUGAAAAUAUCUAGUCGGAUUGCUAGUCUACCCAAUGAAUCGUGGAAAAUAAUAAUUUGUACCAAUUCAUGAAUAAUGCAAAAUUAUCGAAUUCAAGCAUAUCUGAACAUUUCAAAAUGAUUCAAAUGAAAAGAUUGCCGUCGAGUGAAUUAUCUUCCUAAUUAGAAUGUUUAUCACAAGGAAGCACAUCGUAAAUACUAAAAGAUCGACCACAAGCUCUUAAUUAAAUACCAAUUCCUGAAAACUUCUGUGAAAAUAAUACUCCGAAGAAAGAUAGAUGGAAUAUAAAUAUUACAUUCCCAACAUAGGAGAUUAAAAUUGGACCUGCCAUCUUUUGAAGCACAAUAAGUAUUUAAUGUAUUGGUAAUUAGAGACUUAUUUGUGCAAAACAAACCAAACUCUGACUUCUGAGAUAUUUAAUUGUCACAUAUCUUCUUUCCCUUGAGAAAUACUAUGUACAGUGGUCUGUCAACAAGAGUUUGAAUAGAUAACCCGUAAACUAUUUAACAUUGACUCACAGUUCUAAACGGGAAACUGAUAACAUACAGGUAAAUGAUUAAUAUAGCGCAAUUGAUGAACAAUUAAAGAUUUAAUAUUGAUUUAUCGAAUCAGUAACCAUCGUUCGUUAGGGGUGAAAUAAAAAAUGGAAUAAUUUGAUUUGAGUAUUUUCG